AUGAUAUCAAGGUACCAUGUCUGCAAGUUAUUUAUAAUUUGCGGGGUCCUCACUUGCAUCACCAAUUUCCCCUCAGGCUUUACGAAUUCGUCGGUGAACACGGCCGUCGAUGAAUUGAAGCAUUUCAUCAACCAAUCCUACAGUUCUCGAGGAUGGAAUAUGACAGAGGGAGCGCAGUCUAUUGUGCGGAGUGCCAUUUUAAAUUGUUGGUUUAUUGCACAAGUGGCCGGGUCAUUCAUUUCACCUUAUAUCACUGACAAAUACGGGAGGAAAUGUAUGUUUUGCUGGUAAUAUUUUUUGUUGGGUAUAUAAAAAAUAAUUUUGGAAGCUUUAAGUUAUUUUAUGGAUGUUAGGAUUUAAGCGAUGACAUAAAUCUCCAAGUCUAAUAAAAUAUUCAUGUGUAAAUAAAUGCCAUUUCCCUUCUUACUGGCCUAUUUUCAGUCGCUUAUCUGUUCUCAACUGCUGUGAUGACUGCCGCCUCAGGGCUUCAAUUCAUCGCCACCUUGACCUCUUUGCCCGAGCUUCUGAUGUUGGGCCGUUUUACGGCCGCACUUUGUUCUCCACUGUCUGAUGCCGCGUUGAUCCUUUACUUGCAAGUAAGUCCUCCAUCUUCUGAUUCUAGCUGUUUUCGGUCGCUAUCCAUCAUUCUGAUAUUGCUUUAGGAGUGCUCGCCCAUCCAAUAUCGGGGCACCUUCAGUUUUCUCGGAGAGAUCGGAUAUUGUCUGAUGUGUGUUCUCGGGAUGGUGCUGGGGAUGAGGGCGGUGCUGGGAAGUUCUCUGCCCAAGAUGCUUGGAUAUUCGAUAAUCCCAGGCCUGGUUUCGCUGCUUUUCCUUUUUCUGAUUCCAGAGACCCCAAAGUAUCUGAUGAUUGUAAAGUAAGUCGAGAGAUGCCUUUAAAAAUAAUGGAUUAUGCUUUAGACAUGACAGAAAAGGAGCUCUCGAAUCGCUACAGUUCUUCCAAGGUGAGAAGAAGGAGAACGAACAGUUAUUAGACGCCUUUCUUCAAGAGGCCACUCAUGAUAAUAGCAAAAAAAGGUCAUCGAUCAAGGUAAGAUGGAAAGAGUUGACGUCAAGCGGAGAUCAUCGCUGGGAAUGCCUGGGGCUGUUUGAGAAACUGGUCAUGUGCUAUUUUACAAUAACAGACAUUCCUAUUUUCGAUUUACCUACAGUAACCUCUCCAUUAAAUAGUUUUAAGUUUCGUCAAACUACAGUAAUCUCGGGGAAGUAUUACUUUAAAAUUUAAACUAAUAAUGCUUUACAAUGUUCUCUUUAGUAUAAUUACCUGUUUUCUGUUUUCAGGAAGUCCUCAAAACAUGGCAUCUCCGCUUCGCAGUUAUCCUGGCCUGCACGGUGCUGAUCUUAACGGUUUCUUUUUACCCUUUCCUCCAAUCUUCCACUCUAUUUUUCCGACAUAUUGGAAUUAAAGCAGAAAUGGCUGAGCUCUCCUCGACCUUGUUGAUGAUCGCCUUCACUAUUGCCUGUGUUAUUGGCUCCUUCUUCAUUGAUCGGUGGCCUCGGCGGUUCCUCGUCAUGGGCUCUGGAUCUUUGGCCACGGUCUUCUUGACUUUGUUUGUUGUGUUCUCAGUUAUGCGAUCUCAUGGAUGGUGGCUAAAAUAUGGUGCUUUGGGUGCGGUAUUUGGAUACGCCAUUACGUUUGGGUAAGUUGGUUUAAAAUAUUAUCCAUGGAUUUUUGUAUGCCUUUGGCAAUUUUUAUGAAUUUUUGAGUCAAUGACGGAAUCUUAUCUCAAAGAUGUCGUCACUUCUGUCACCACUCACUUGUUUAUGACAAGACACUGAAAAAAAUAAUUGAACGUAUAUAAAAUCUAUGAAGAAUAAUGUUCGUGAACCCCCGAAUCCUUUGAUUGUUUCGAUUAAAUCUCUUUUUCAGAAUGGUUUUGGGCCCGAUCUCAUGGUUUGUCGCGCCUGAACUCGUUUCGCAGCGUCAUCGGUCGACGGUCUUUUGUUUAUGCUACGGUAUCAACAAUGUUCUGAUUGCAAUCACCAACUUCGCCACCGUUCCACUCUAUGACGUAAGUGUAAAUAAUGAGGUCUAAUCUUCGUCUAGUUAAUCGGAGCUUACACCAUGAUCCCGUUGUUCAUCGUGCCUUCAAUUAUUUGUUUGGUCGUCAUCUAUCUCUACCUCCCGGAGACGUUGGGAAAGGAAACCCACGAGAUUGUGAGGGGUAUUCGGGACAGAAGGAAACAGUCCGUGGUCCAUUCUGAAUCCUCAUCGGGCACGGAUUCGGAUUCAGAUCCCGAGAACGAGCUCCAGGAACUGAAAGAGCACGAAAAGAAACCCGAGAUCAGCCUCCCCUAG